AUGAAGGCCCUCGUCUACAAGGGCGACAACACGGUCGCCCUGCAGGAGGCCCCCACACCUACCGUGUCGUCCCCGACCGACGCCAUCAUCAAGAUCACCAAGACCACCAUCUGCGGCACGGACCUGCACAUCCGCAAGGGCGACGUCGCGACCUGCACGCCGGGCCGCAUCCUGGGCCACGAGGGCGUCGGCGUCGUGCACGCGGCCGGCGCGUCCGUCUCGCGCUUCAAGGAGGGCGACCGCGUGCUCAUCUCGUGCAUCUCGAGCUGCGCGAGCUGCGAGUACUGCCGCCGGGGCAUGUACAGCCACUGCACGUCGGGCGGCUGGAUCCUCGGCAACACCAUCGACGGCACGCAGGCCGAGUACGUGCGCGUGCCGCACGCCGACUCGAGCCUGUACCCGAUCCCGCAGGGCGCGGACGAGGCGUCGCUGGUGAUGCUGAGCGACAUCUUCCCCACGGGCCUCGAGUGCGGCGUCAUCAACGGCAAGGUGCAGCCCGGCGGCACCGUCGCGGUGGUCGGGUCCGGACCCAUCGGCCUGGCGGCCAUCAUCACGGCGCAGAUGUACUCGCCGUCUCAGAUCAUUGCCAUCGACACGGAUCCCAAGAGGUUGGAGGUUGCGCUGAAGCUGGGCGCCUCCGCCGUUGUCAACAGUGCCAAGCAGGAUGCCGUGGCGGAGGUCAAGGGAUUGACGGAGGGCAAGGGCUGCGACUCGGUGAUCGAAGCCGUGGGCAUUCCCGCGACGUUUGAGCUGUGCCAGGAGCUGCUUGCUCCGGGCGGUGUAUUGGCUAAUGUCGGUGUCCACGGCACCAAGGUUGACCUUCAUCUACAGAACCUGUGGGAUAAGAACAUUGCCAUUACUACGAGAUUGGUCGAUACUGUGACCACGCCCAUGUUGCUGAAGCUGGUUCAGUCGGGCAAGGUGAAGCCCUCGCAGCUUAUCACUCACCGCUUCAAGCUCAGUGAGAUGGAGAAGGCCUAUGAGACGUUCGGCGAGGCGGCCAAGCAUGGCGCCUUGAAGGUGGUCAUUGAUCAGAAAGCUUACGUCCGAACAGAGUCCGACGUUAAUGACCCCUCAUCAGCGCUCGAAGUGGCGCAUGCACUAGGAUCAGCAUCAUACGCAAGCUAUCAAAUGGCAUCCACAGUUGCGCCCACGAUCAAGCUUUAUAGCAGCAUCAUCUGCCCGGUAGGCUCGCACAGGGUCAAGAUCGUUCUUGACCAGCUCGGUUUACCGUACACGAACGAGGAUAUCGACCUCGGCAAACCCAGAUCUUCCGACUACCUCCGAGUCAACCCGCGCGGGCAAACGCCGACACUCGAGUACAACGGCAGUAUCCUGUGCGAGUCGGCACCUAUCGUGUGGUUUCUCGCCGACUCGCACCCGGGCCCCCUGGCCGCGCCCUCGAAUGCAUCCGGAGCUGCUCUCCUGCGGCAUCGGAUUGCCUUUCUCGAGAGCACGUGGUCGCUCUACGUCUGGGAGCCGCUCAGCAAAGGUUGGAUGCAAGUGUCAGACGAGGCGGGUGUGCCGUUCGUGGAGAGCGCGAUGGAGGGGAUUGUGAAAGAGGUUCAGCCGUUACUAGCGGAUGCGAGGCCUUACUUUGCUGGCAGCGAGACGUUGACUCUGGCUGAGGUCCUUAUAGCUCCCACGCUCAUCCAAAUGCAGUCUUUCACCCCGCGCAAGUAUCUCGAUGAGCUCCAGAGAACGGCGCCAAAGUUCUACAGCUGGUCGCAGUUGCUAUUGAGGAAUGAAGCACUCACAAAAUACUUUGACGAGGAGCAGUACAUGGCCAUGGCAAGGGCACUACAAGACAAAAUCAGAGGCGGCGCGAAGACCGGAAACCGUGGAAUCGAUCGUCUCACGGAAUGA